GUACUGCAUUCCACGGAGGGUCAACUCUUCUGACUGUUAGUUCAUGGUAUCCAUUCAGAGACUGGCCAAUCUUCAACAGCUACGACACCCUCUUAUAAUAGGGCUUCUGACUUGCUGAAUACAUGCUACGCCGGCACACUACAUCAGCCUGACGUGCUACCCUCCUGUAUAAUUAGAGCCACUGAAACAUCUCAUCAUGGCCUCACCUCAACCUUACACCAUCUCAAUCCCGGAUGCCGCAAUUGAAAAGCUGAAGCGAAAGCUGUCUGACGCAGACUACCCAGACGAGCUCGAUGCACCAGCACAAUGGCCCUAUGGUUCUCCCCUAGAGGACAUCAAACGCCUCGCUAAGCACUGGGAGACCAAAUUCUCAUGGCGAGACGCUGAAGCUAACUUGAACACUUUCCCGAAUUAUCGUCAAAGCGUAGGGGUUGACGGUUUCGAUCCUAUCGAUGUCCAUUUUCUAUGGAAGCAGCACUCGAAUUCGAAUGCAAUUCCUCUAUUGUUCGUCCAUGGGUGGCCGGGAUCUUUUGUCGAGGUCACAAAAUUGCUUCCUUUGCUCGAAGAAGGGGAAAAGAAGGGCGGACCUGCCUUUCACGUCGUUGCACCCUCCUUACCAAACUUUGGCUUCAGUACAAAGAUAACGAAGCCCGGAUUCGCACUGUCACAAUACGCAGAGACGUGCCAUCGGCUAAUGCAGCAACUCGGCUACAACAAAUACGUGACGCAGGGUGGCGACUGGGGUUUCUACAUUACCCGCAUCUUGGGAGUCCUGUAUCCUGACUCUGUUUUGGCAAGCCACAUAAACAUGAUAAGAGCCCAGCCACCCAGUUUUGCGUCGCAGCCUGCACUGGCACUUCAGCAUGCCUUGACGCCCUACACCGAAGCAGAGCAGAGAGGCAUCGAACGCUCAGACUGGUUCAUCGAUCAAGGUCAAGCCUACCGUAUGCUACAGGCGACGAAGCCGCAGACUCUAUCCUAUGCCUUUGCCGAUAGCCCUGUCGCGCUACUAGCAUGGAUCUAUGAGAAACUGGUGGACUGGACAGACAAUUACCCUUGGACAGAUGACGAGAUUUUGACAUGGGUUAGCAUCUAUUGGUUCAGUACAAGCGGACCAAAUGCACAUGUCAGGAUUUACUACGAGGCGCAACACAACCCGACAGAUAAGGUGCCGAAUCGAGAUCGCGCAAGUCAGUGGGUGGAUAGAGUGAAACUGGGAUUGGCACACUUCCCAAGAGAAUUGAGUGUGGUGCCCAAGAUCUGGGGGCGUACACUUGGACCUGUUGUACUCGAAAGUACAAAUGACAAAGGAGGCCACUUCGCCGCUUGGGAGAGACCGGAUGCAAUUGUCAGAGAUCUUCAAGAUAUGUUCGGCAGGAAGGGGCAGUGCUACAAGAUUGUGCCUGGCAGGAGUGGAUACUAAGGAUCUGACACGGUAAUCUGCCACUGUACAGUCAGCAUGAUAUAGCAAGCUAUUAAGACAGCAGCGUGUCACAGUGAUCUCGAAGUAUUUAGCUAGGGGGU